AUGCCCAAACCGCACCCGUGUCGCCUUGCAGCAGGCGACAUUAACUCGUGGCUCGACGACGACGACGACGACGACAACAACAAUGUGGGCAGAGUCGGCGGAGCUAGUACGGGUGGUGGUGGUCAUGCCGAGGCGCAUGGGCGGCCGGCCAACGAAGACGACAUGCGGCGGAGUGGUGGCGGAGGGCAAGGUGGCGUGGGAGUGACCGGCUUGGAUGCGGCGGACGAGGAUCAGUUCCUUACGCCGCGCGACGGAUGCGCGCCCGACUCGAGCCACAGCGAGCCGUUCAAGCCGCGGAGGAAGCUCUCGUUCUGCAAGGAGUUCUCCCAGUUUGGCUGCUGCGAUGCCAAGGACGCCAAGGCGAUCAAGGCGACGGUGGAUGAGCUUGUUGACCCCAAGUGCUCGGCGUGCCAUGCCAUCAUCGCCCAGAUGAAGUGCUCCGAGUGCCACCCGGAGGCUGGCAAGUUCUGGCUCGAGCGGUUCUCCUCGGUCCGCCUCUGCGCCGGCUUCUGCCGCUCGCUCUUUGCGCUCUGUGCUGACAUUCCGCUCUUCCGCGAUGCGCGCAACGACGACGGAACGAGCGCGGCCAUGUUCAUCAACGGCGGCGACAUCGACGUCGACACCUUUUGCGAGCCGCACGUCGCGCCGGGGCCCAACUGCUUCUCCGGCACCGUUCCGUCCGGAUGGGAUGAGGAGUGCAAGUGCCCCAACCACGACUGUCUUCCCGAAGAUCUCCCACCUCCACCCGGCGCUGCCAGCGAGGACUUUGCCACUAUCAACCUCGGCACCAUCUAGUCUGUUUAAGGUUAAAGCAUAGCCUCUACCA